AUGGCACGGCUAUUUAGUGUGUGUGUAGUAUCCACUCUGCUUCAUCAAUCGGCAGUUGCACAUGUAGAAUCUCGUCAACAGCCACUCCAAUUUAACCAUGAGCACAAUGCACAGACAGAGUUGCAUCUUUCGGGAAGGUUUUUGCAUCUGACUGAUAUCCACUUGGAUGUACACUAUCAAGAAGGGUCAUCCGUUUCUUCAGAUUGUUACUCAAAAAAAAACCUCAAGAAAUCCGACAAAGUAGCAGGAUUUUAUGGUGCUCCUGGGUCAAAUUGCGACUCGCCUGUUGCUCUUGUUCAAGGCACCUUUCAGUUUGUAAAGCAAGUUUUGAAAAAUCCAGACCAUGGAAUUGAUUUUGUUGUAUGGACUGGCGAUAAUUCUCGCCAUGACAAAAAGAAUCUAAGAAUUAAAGAGGCCGAAGUUGCCGAGGCAAAUCGGAUUGUUACAUCGUAUAUUAUCGAUGCCUUUUCAGACCCAAAACGCCCAGGUCAUGCUACAGUUCCUGUACUGGCAUCUAUUGGAAACAAUGAUAUUUAUCCACACAAUCGACUUCGAUACUCUCGAAAGGCAGAUACUCCAGUUUUAAACUUUUUUGCAGAUCUUUGGGCACCAUUUAUUCCAAAAUCACAAGAUGCCACGUUCAGACGAAUCGGCUCAUACAUGGUAGAACUCACUCCAAACAAGUUGUGGGGUGUUUCUCUCAACACGUUGUAUCUGGCCAGCUUCAAUGGUGCUGUUCCUGACUGUCGUCGUCGCAAAUGGCCGCUUGCUUUUUAUCAAACAAACUCGGCAGAUAAAGUUCAAUUUGAUAACGACGAUAUAGAAACAGAAGCAUCACAUAAAUUGUCAGCUGGUGAUGAUGUAUUAAACUGGCUUGAAGUGGACGUGCUUAUUCCUGCAAGGAAUCGAAACAUUUCGGUUUAUAUCUCAGGUCAUGUUCCACCUAAUGUAGUUAAUUACGGAACAGAUUGCUACUCUGAAUUUUCUCGAUUGACAUUCAAGUAUCGAGACAUUAUCCGAGAUCAUUUCUUCUUCACCACUCCGGAUCAAGUUUUGCGUCGAUACAGUUCAUCCACGAGUCUGCAAUCGACAGACUUGACUCGUGUCAAUACUAAUACUGAACUGGUUCUGUUUUCUUCAAGCAAACAGAAUGAUGCUGAUGAAAACCAAGUAAAAGGUGUCGUCACUAUCAUGUCACCAUCCUGGGUGAUGCUAUACUUUGAGUAUCUGAUUCUGCAUUACAAAGUUGUGCAAGAAAGCAAAAUCAUUCCACAGCCUAUUUUUGUAUCACCCUCGGUCGUUCCAGUCUUUAAUCCGGGUAUUCGAGUAUACAUCUAUGACGUGGUUUCUGAUGGUCUUGGUGAUCCGAAUCUCAAAAAACGCAAGAAUAUUCCAGCAACGCGAUUUGGUACCUUGCUAGAUUAUGAGCAAUACUAUGCAGACUUGGAGUACUGGAAUAGAGUGACUGAUGUUGAGCGUGCAGCUAGUGUAGAUGGUGUAAUAUCUACUGCUGAAACCCCACAUGACAAGUCUUUCAAACACCAGACACCUCGAUCUAAAUACUUGUAUGAGCUCGAAUAUAAUAGCAAAAGCCUGUAUGAUUUAUCUGGACAUGGAAUUGACACGAAAGGAUGGCUUGAUCUUGCCAAGCGUCUUGGUGGUAGCACAGUUAGUCAACCCAAGCGACGCAAGAAAUCAAAAAAGAGCACCAAGAAGUCUACUGGAGAUGAUCAAGAUGAAACUACAAAAGACAGAUGGAAUCAGCAGCAGAACAGCAAGCAAAAAGAAACUCGAAAUUUGCGUCGACUGUUUUUUUCUAAUAUGAUUGUUCAUCUCAAAGGACUGAUUUCACCUUUUGGAUUAUAA